AUGUUCCUGCACUCGGGCGCAAGCUUACAUGGUCACGAGUAUUCCCGACCGCCUGCCAACGCUCCCAAUGCCGGCCAUCGACGCAAUCCUCUCCUACGAUCCGCCUUCGCAACCCCUAUAAGCCGACCAUACACUUAUCACCCCGACACUCGACAUUCGCCCUGUGAUGGCCCGGCUCCUUCUGUAAAGCAGCCGAGACGUCUGUCGGUGGAUUCGCAUCAAACACCAGAAGCUGUGGUGAGGUUCAAGGAACCUGAGGGUGACGUGCCGGCUUCUAGGCUAGCAGCCAUGAGCGAAGAUGAAGUCUCGAUCAUUUCUGAUAGCGACGCCAGCCGGGAAUCAUCUUCGGUUCGUCGAAAUCGGCGGCGCACUCCGCGGCAGAGCACUGCAUACAUCCUUGCUCAUCCUCCUCCGAAGCUGCGCACCAAGCAACGUAUAAUCCAUACCCGUCCAACGUUAUUACUUCAGGUCCAACAAGUAUCUGCUGGCCAACGACCACGGCCGGCAAUUGAUGUUUACCCUUCGUCUGCAAUUACAAGGUCGAUUAUCGCGCCCUUUCUAAAACGCUUCCCUCGACUGGCUCGGAUCAAGACAGAAUUGAGCAUCCAGGAUAUCAUGUUGGUGAGAAGCGAGGAUUACGGGACACAAUCUUCAGAGUCCGAUAGCGACAAUGAUGAGGAAACCAUGAAGUCGCGCGACCUGAUCGCCAUUCUGAGCCCAUUGAGGACGGAGGACAAAGCAGAGAUUGUCCUAGCAGACGGGACUGUCUGGGUAGCCACCCCGCGGUCUCAUGGCAAAACUUGUUCCUACGAGUUCGUAUCGGUCGAUGCGAAUGGCCAAACGAUCACGGCUCGAUGGGUCCGCAAACAAAUCGUAUCUAGAUCAUUACCUUCUACACCGACGACGACUGUACCGCCCGUGGCAAAGGCCCAAUCAGCCGACUACAAGUUCACCUUCAGUAUCAUUGAUCCCAACUGCCGGCGUCACCCCAUCAUGGCCACACUUACCAAUUCUUCCCUUGACAUACUUGAUUCUUAUACCACAGUUUCCCAAUCAGCCAGCCGAUACCCACCGCCAUCUACGGUAUUGUCUCCACCUAGUACGCCAACUGGUGACCAACAAGCGCACAUGGAGCGGAGGACCCAACCGGUCGAAGAAUGGCAAAAGUCGUUCAUAGCCAUUUCAGCCAUCUGGGUGGCCCUCCGCCACGGCUGGGCUCCCAACUGUAGACCUACAGAUGUGGUCUCGCCAGCGGCUUCCGUUUACCCUUCUACGACGGACGGGAGUUUGCCGGCUCGCAGCUCGUCUUUCGGUCCCAUUCCGGAGUCGGCACCAAAUUCUCCCAACUUGGACGCGGUGGGGCGUAGGAAAUGCCCAACCGCUAUGCGACCUCCGAAUGAUCAACCACCGAAGGGGGCACUCCCUAGAAGGGCGACGUCCACCGGUGCGGCGUUUAUGCAGAAGCGCAGGGCCAUGCAGCGAGAAAGUGAGGACCUGCCUGGUGGUAGCGAGCUCGAGCGGACGCCGAAGCUGGGUAGACGUGCCUUCAGUGGUGAUUGGAAUGUUGGCACGAGGAAGAGAACCCCAGAAAACUCACUCGCAGGCAUUUUGGAUUCAAACACCGAAGCCAUACCGAAACAUACCCCGACGUUGGCUCCUGCACCACUACCAACCGAACGGCGGGCGGUCUCUGCUUACUUUCCUCCGCAGCCACUGUCACACAAUCUUGGUGACGAUAAGUUCGGCCAGCAAGUUGGCCUACAGUCCCUUCCCGGCGUACAGCAAGGCCGACAUCAGAAAUGGAAGAACAUGGCAAAUUGGUUUCGAAGGCUGGGGCGAUAG